AUGAUUUCCUCCAGCCUGACCUUGGCAUCGUUUGCCGGCGUUCUUGCCCUUGCUCCAACCGCCCUCGCUGGCUUCAGUGCUAGUUCGUCGAGCAACGUCGCUGUAUACUGGGGGCAAAACUCGUACGGCCAAGCUUCGUCUCAGACCCGGUUGAGUACCUACUGUUCAAAUAGCGAGCUCAACAUCAUCCCGUUGGCUUUCUUGAAUGGAAUCAAGACACCGAUAACCAACUUUGCCAAUGCUGGAGACAACUGCACGCUCUACGCUGGGACGCAACUUUUAGACUGCCCCCAAAUAGAGGAGGACAUCAAAACAUGCCAGUCGCAGGGAAAGACGAUCAUGCUCUCAGUCGGCGGAGCCACCUACACUGAGGGCGGCUUCUCGGACUCGACAUCGGCGUCGGCGGCAGCGGACAACAUAUGGGGGCUCUUCGGGCCCAACACGGCCUACGCGAACCGGCCGUUCGGCAGUGCCGUGAUCGACGGCUUCGACUUCGACUUCGAGUCGACGACAUCGAACAUGGUGCCGUUUGCGACAGAACUGCGCUCGCUGAUGGACGCCGAUACCAGCAAGCAGUACUUCCUGUCCGCGGCGCCGCAGUGCCCGUACCCCGAUGCUGCGGACAACGACAUGCUGAAUGGGGCCGUUGCGUUUGACUUUAUCAUGGUCCAGUUCUACAACAACUACUGCGGUAUACAGUCUUACACGGCGGGCUCCGCUACACAGAACAACUUUAACUUUGCGACGUGGGACACCUGGGCCAAACAAACAAGCAAGAAUACCGCAGUCAAGGUGCUCCUGGGCGUGCCGGCCAACACGGGCGCGGCCGGCACCGGCUACGAGCCGAUCAGCACCCUGACGCCCGUCAUCCAGUACUGCAAGCAGUUCUCCAGCUUUGGCGGCGUCAUGAUGUGGGACAUGUCGCAGCUUUACGAGAACCCCGGCUUCCUCGACGGCGUCUACGCGGCGCUGAUUACGGGUGGAAGUGGUGGCGGCGGAACUACGACUACCGCCCCGGGUACGACCACGACUGCACCGGGAACGACUCUUACCACUUCGACAAAGACGACGACGGCGGCGCCGGGGACGACUGGGGUUGCGCAGUGGGGGCAGUGUGGAGGCACUGGAUAUACGGGCUCGACGGUUUGUCAGGCGCCGUACACGUGCGUCAUGGGAAGCGUGUGGUGGUCAUCGUGCCAGUAA